ACCAUUACAUCUGACUUCUGAAACUAGGCCAUCUCUAUACGUGCUCUGCGUGUGACGUCAUCGCGUCAGAUGGCCGAAUGUUUACAUCCAGCAGUGGUGCGUUGACUGGAUCCCCCACUACCACCUUCAACAACAAGAAGAAAAGGCCGUAGAGAAGUCAGGAUGGGCGGAGCUGUUAGUGCGGGUGAAGACAACGAUGACCUGAUUGAUAACCUGAAGGAGGCUUACUACAUCCGCACAGACCUGGUGGAGCGAGCUUUCAGAGCAAUCGACCGGGCUGACUACUACCUGGAUGAAUACCGGGACAAUGCCUACAAGGACCUUGCUUGGCGACAUGGGAACAUCCACCUGUCUGCUCCAUGUAUCUACUCUGAGGUGAUGGAGGCUUUGGAGCUUCAUCCUGGCCUCUCCUUCCUCAACCUGGGAAGUGGGACCGGGUACCUGAGCACCAUGGUUGGACUCAUUCUUGGACCAUUUGGAGUGAAUCAUGGAAUAGAGCUCCAUGCAGAUGUGAUCGAGUACGCCUACCAGAAGUUAGACUCCUUCAUCAAAACCAGUGACAGUUUCGACAAAUUUGAGUUGUGUGAGCCUUCGUUUGUGGUUGGUAACUGUCUGGAGAUUCCUCCAGAGAGCCGGCACUAUGACAGGGUCUACUGUGGGGCCGGAGUGCAGAAGGAACAUGAGGAGUACAUGAAGAACCUGCUCAAAGUGGGAGGCAUCCUGGUGAUGCCUCUGGAGGAAAAGUUGACCAAGAUUAUCCGCACUGGAGUGAACAGCUGGGAGACAAAGAAAAUCAUCUCUGUGUCUUUCGCUCCUCUGGUCCUGCCUAAACACAGCCCAAAGAACAAACCCAAGUUGGUCCCAUUGCCCAAGUAUGAGGUCCGGACAUUACAGGAACUGGCCCGUAUCUGCAUCCGCCACACCCUCCGAGUGACCACAGACGGAGGGGAUAGCCAGUCACGUGGCCGAGGCUCCUCUUUCAGUGUGGGCCGAGGGCUGGCAGCUGCGGGCCUCCAUAAGUACGGCCCUCGCUUUAAGCGCCGUCGUGUUCACCGGCGCCACUGCAACGCUCUCAUGCUUGCCACCCGACAAGUGGUUGCCAGUAGUGGGAUCGCCGCCGCCUCCUUGGACAGCAACAACAACCAAGAGGGACGGGUGGAGGACGAGGAGGCGGCUGGGGAGCGGCAGGUGAGGCAGCCGAUGAGAGGGAGCAGAAGAGCUGGGAGAGGGAGGCUGGUGGAGGAGGAGGAGACAGUGGAGGAGGAGGAGGAAGUGGAGGAACGGGAUGAAGAAGAGGAGGAGAAGGAAACUGGUGAGCUCCUCCGACCCCAGCCGGCUGUAAACCUCCUGAGAGAGAGGGUUCUGGGCCUGCCGUUGCCUGAGCCUCUGAAGAUGUACCUGUUGUACUACAGAGAGAAAUGAGCCACAGUUGGUGCUGGUCCUGUCCAAAUCAGAGCCUAGAGCUUAAGUAGGCGCAGAUGCCUCUGUUGUAACCUAUCAAUCCCCUAACAAGACAGGUCGACGGCCACCUCAUCCCCUUCAUUAUCCAUCCUUCUUUCUCUCUCAGCUGCUCUUCACUCGAUUCUGUUUCCUGAGACUGUAGAGAAUCAGUACCGUUUAUUUCUCUGGUGAAGCAAGGAGGGGUGGAAGGUUCCACAAUUCUACGAGUUUUAAACAGAUUUCUGAGAUGUAAAUCCCAUAAAUUAGCUCUUGAUAACCAAUUUAAUAACCAAGCACCGAAUAACAACAGCAGUAGGUUUUUCUUAAGCCAAAGGCUUGACAUCGGAACAGGGACCAAACACUUUAGCAUCGACCAGAAACAGAGCGGCCUUGUGCUGCCAAGAUGGCACUACUCUAUCUGCUGAGCACGGUUAGAGUAAAGGAUGAUGGUGAGGCGCUGUGUCUGGAGUAGGUUUCAUCGUCAGGGUCCACAGAUGUUAGAAGAAGAAGCAGAGUUAGUGAUCCUAGAGCUGCAGCUUACGGUGGCGGGUAUGACUGUUUCCACUGGUAUUUAAACUUAAACUUCGUCAGUCCAUUAGAUAACUUCGCUGGGAUAAUGGAUGCAGUUUAUUUCAACCUGGCAAAUUUCCCAUUGAUGUUAUUUAGGAAUCCAGCAGGGAUAAAUGUGUAUGGAACACAUCAAUGAUUUUCUCAGUCAAUGUAUUUCUAUUGGGGCUGUUUGGGUGAAACCAGAUGUCUGUAACAACCCACACAAAGAAAUCCAAACAAACUGCUCAUUAAACUAAGCUAUGUGUUAUAAACUGGAAAGACAGGGAAAGGUACUGGAAGCAGUUACAAUACUUUCUUUUGUAAUGACAGCUUUAAGAAUAUCUUGUAACAUUCAUUGCUCAAGCAUGAUUUUGAUCUAUUCUUACACAAAAAUAGUUUUCAAAUCUUGGAGGCCGUCUUUUAUGCACUCGUCUUUUAUGCACCCUUUGAGUUCUCAAGCGAGGUCAUUGACAGGUUCGGUCUCACAAGCUGCAGCCGCAGUUGAGCGUUCCCUUGGCUUUUUCUUUAGAUUAGUUCCCCAGCAUUGCUCAUUGGAACAUUCAGAAGUUUAGAAAUAGGUCUGGAACCACCUGUACUAACACUUUUUGUUUUGAAACUAAAAUAUUGUUAAGGUCUAGGGAGAGCUCAUUACUUUUACUUAUCAUGAGAUGCUUCUGGUGCUAAAUGUGGUAAUGAGGAACGUUUUAAUAGGCCAUCAGUUAGGACACCUCACACGAAUUUGCACUCAUAAAGAUUCCUUUCUAAAUACUGGCAGGUUUCAGCUGGUUUCUUGGUUUUUCUUGCCUUUUUGCAUCUCCUUCAGUACUUUCCUGUCAUAUCACUUUAUUACACAUAACGUAAAUUGCGUUGAUUUCUGUAUAUGUGUGGAUUGCUCUGGUGGUCACCAACAUCUGUGGAAACUUCAUGUCAGUAAGCCCAUUUGGAAUAUCAUGUCUGAGAAAGACAUGAAACAUUGAUGUCUUUGGUUUCUCCGUAUCUGUUAUGGAGAUUCUUGACACAACCAGAGCCCGGUUAAAAUCAACCCAAAAUAACCUUUAAAUGUUCUGUUUAAAGGGUAUUUUUGUUUGUCAGGAUUUCAAAACCUUUUAAGGAGAGGUGUAGACUUGAUCGAAGCUUGAAUUUCCCUUUUUUCUAUGCAUAUGUUUUAUUCUGUGGGUCCAAUUUGGAGCUAAAUCCUUACAUUCAUAUCCAAAGAAUAGUCUCUGGUCUAUCUUAUCAUCCCAUUUAACUCUCUUAAUCAGAAGAGGACCAUAAAAAUGCAUACUAAUAUUCCUUUUUACGUGAAUAAACCAGCAUGAUACAAAUACACAAAUCUUCAAAGUGCAAGUUUUCUCUCACUCUGUACUCAUUUUUUAUGUAAUAAGUUGUUUUUUUUCUUGAUUUACAAGACCUGAAGUGGUGUGGACAUUUUUGAGAGUGUCUUGUGUUGUUAAUCUUACGUCGAUACAUCAAUAAAGAGUAUCUCUAGUCACUUUUUUUGAACUCUAGAUUCUAGUUUAAUGGGGCAUUACUUCUUUGUGCUCUCAUUGUUUUUUCCCAAUCCUAAUCUCCGGCCUGUGCCAAACGGAUGCUGUGCGGGCAAAUCUCCAGAGAAAACAGCAGACCAGGAAAAGGAUGAAAAUGGCAAAAAAAUUAAAUACAAACUGCUGAACGGCUACGUUUUUCUUUUGAUUUCUGAAAAAAAAAAAACUGUGAUAUAAACAGGAAAUUGACUGUGUUAAAUAUUACAAGAAAUUCAGUAAAUAGGUCAAUUAUAGUUGUGAUGGUAGAAAUAAGUUUGCAUUGAUAAUAUAUCCAAGCUCGAGACAAAAAAAAGACAUCGUCUGGAUUAUUUGUGCACCUGCUGGAUCUACCUUUCAGUACUGUAUGUAGAUCAUUUGUCACAGUUUGGCUUUUGUGCGUUUGUUUUACUGCUGAAUGUAUAUGAAUAUUAUGUUCAGUUUUUUUAUUGAUUUCUGAUCAGAAUGACUUGCUUGGUUUUAAUUUGGACCUGUAUUAUUGACUGUUGGUAAUAAAGUGGAUUCUAAAGAUCUAA